UCAGUACUCAGUACUCAGUACACAGUACACAGUACACAGUACUCAGUACACAGUACGCAGUACACAGUACUCAGUACACAGUACUCAGCACUCAGUACACAGUACUCAGUACACAGCACUCAGUACUCAGUACACAGUACUCAGUACAGAGUACACAGUACACAGUACCCAGUACACAGUACACAGUACUCAGUACACAGUACCCAGUACACAGUACUCAGACACAGUACUCAGUACUCAGUACACAGUACACAGUACUCAGUACACAGUACUCAGUACACAAUACUCAGUACACAGUACUCAGUACACAGUAUUCAGUACACUGUACUCAGUACACAGUACUCAGCACUCAGUACACAGCACUCAGGACACAGUACUCAGUACUCAGUACACAGUAUUCAGUGCACAAUACUCAGUACACAGUACUCAGUACACAGUACUCAGUACACAGUACUCAGCACUCAGUACACACCAGUACACAGUACACAGUACUCAGUACACAGUACCCAGUACACAGUACUCAGUACUCAGUACUCAGUGCUCAGACACAGUACUCAGUACUCAGUACACAGUACACAGUACUCAGUACACAGUACUCAGUACACAAUACUCAGUACACAGUACUCAGUACACAGUAUUCAGUACACUGUACUCAGUACACAGUACUCAGCACUCAGUACACAGCACUCAGGACACAGUACUCAGUACUCAGUACACAGUAUUCAGUGCACAAUACUCAGUACACAGUACUCAGUACACAGUACUCAGUACACAGUACUCAGCACUCAGUACACAGUACUCAGGACACAGUACUCAGUACUCAGUACUCAGUACACAGUACUCAGUACACAGUACCCAGUACACAGUACUCAGUACUCAGUACACAGUACUCAGUACUCAGUACUCAGUACACAGUAAUCAGCACUCAGUACACAGUACUCAGGACACAGUACUCAGUACUCAGUACUCAGUACACAGUACACUGUACACAGUACACAGUACUCAGUACACAGUACUCAGCACUCAGUACACAGUACUCAGUACACAGACUCAGGAUUCAGGACUCACUACACAGGACUCAGGACUCAGGAAACAGGACUCAGGACUCACUACACAGGACUCAGGACUCACUACUCACUACACUGGACUCACGACUCAGGACUCAGGACUUAG